CAGACGUCCUUGAGUCCUUGAGACGGAUGUGAGUGGAGUUUUUCAGCCUUCAUGCAAAACAACCAUCUAAACAUAACAGAUGACAUCAGCUUGAGCUUUUCAAUUCCUGGAUGGCAGCGGCAUGUUAAUCCCAGCCUUCAUCCUGGAUUUCAUAAACUAAAACAAGAGAGGCUGGCAGGAGCUCAGCGCUGCCGCUGGGUUGAGGAAAUUGAUGACGGGGAAGCAUGCGGGCAACGCAGUGUAUAAAACUCAUAAACGUGUAGGCAGAAGCUCAGCUACUACUUUGGACGGCUGCUUCCCGCCAGCAAAGACCACGACGGCAGGGAGCUGAGCCCCAGCCAGCUGGGAGUCAUGAAGAGCCUCUUGCUGCUGACCACGCUCCUGGUACCUGCGCACCUGGCUAUGGCCUGGAGCGCCAAGUACGCGGUGGAUUGCCCAGAUCAGUGUGACAACAGUGAGUGCAGAAGUAGCCUGCGUUGCAAGAGGACAGUGCUGGAUGACUGUGGCUGCUGUCAGGUGUGCGCCGCGGGGCCCGGAGAAACCUGCUACCGUACAGUCUCAGGCAUGGACGGCGUCAAGUGUGGUCCGGGGCUGAAAUGUCACUUUUACAGUGAGGAGGAUGAUUUUGGCGACGAGUUCGGUAUUUGCAAAGACUGUCCCUAUGGCACUUGGGGAAUGGAAUGCAAAGAGACUUGCAAUUGCCAGUCGGGCAUAUGUGACAGGGUGACCGGGAGAUGCCUGGAAUUCCCCUUCUUCCAGUUUGCAGCGGCCAAGUCACCCAGCAGGACCGCUGCCUCUCACACAGAGCGUGACGUGGCGUCUGGAGACGGCAAUGCUGUGAGAGAAGAGAUUGCUGAAGGGAACGCAGCUCGGCCCUCGGUAAUGAAAUGGUUAAAGCCGCGCUGAGAUUUGCUAAGAGAAGUUUCCACUUCAGUGACCAACAUUCAUCCACCAUUUUAAGAGCUGUCUAGAGCAUGGACUAUGGACAUGUAAUUUAUGGAGAUCAAGUGUGUUUCAGAGAGGAUCCAGAAAAAAAUAUAGGCAAUAUACAACCCAUAACACACAUAUGACUGAACACUUUAGAUAUUGUUAAAUAUUUAAAUGUAUAUAGAUCUUUUAAAUGUGUGCUUGUGUGUGUGUGUGUGUUUGUGUGUGUGUGUGUGUGUGUGUGUGUGUGUGGUACCACCAAGGAACUAAACAUGCAAUUGAGGUGGUCUAAAAGUUAUUAAGUAAAAGCUGGGGAAUCCGUGGGCCCUUUGACUUGGGUGUACAUUCUUGUUGAGAUACACAUCGAAGAGAGAGUUAGGAGCAAGAGAGAAUGAGGAUGGUGGUGAAGGUUGGGGGUUAGAGCAUUUGGCUCUUCCUUAUGGUAGCUCAAAAUUUUUCAUUUCAUUUUAAUUUGGGGAAACAAACCCAGAAAAGCGUUAAAGAAAGUGAGAUACUGGAAACUCCCAGGAGCCUGAGCAACUGUCUUGAAUGGAAAUCCUAUCAUUACAGCUGCCUGCAUCUGAAGAGAGUGGGGGUGGGGGCGGGCAAAGGAUGAAUAUGUACUCCCACUACUGGGUUAGUCACUGUGGGCCUUAAGAGAUCUAGGAAGUAGUUUGCCUCCUGGGGGAUAGAACAGGGUGGAGGUGACUAUUUAUGUAUUUUUCUAAGCAAAUCUGUUAGUUUAAAUAUUUCUCCAACACCCAUAUUUCCCCCAUAUAUUAAGGAAAUGACACUAACGUUAUUUAAAAUGAUUAGGAAAAAUGUGUAUAACAUAUAUGGUUCUCAAACAUCCAUAUAUGGAAAACUUGUUACUGAUGAUUACAUUAAUAUUAAUAAGCAUACAGUUACUGUAGGCUUAUAAAAUGUUGAAAAAUGAAAAACUAUUUUUUCUUUGGUGAAAUUCAGAUUUAAAUCAGAAAAUAAAUUUUUAGAUAAUUUGGGAAAGGAGAGUUACUUUUUGCCAGGAAACAAGUUGACUUUAAGAUAUUGUCUAUUCAUUUUUUUUUAUUCUUUUAAACUUGGUAGAUGACUGGAACUGGAAUUUCACAUGGGAGGACCUUAGCACAAACAGGACUGUUGUACUAGGCGAUGCUGGGAAAUAUUGUAAAAGUAUUUUAUUUAGAGUGAAGAACUUAUUUAAGACUUAUUUCAUUAUUUACUUAUAUUUUAUUCUUGAAGUUGGCCAACAGAGUUGUGAAUGUAUAGAAGAUCUUUGAAUGUAAACAGAAUCAGCUGUUAGGGCUUUUUUGUUUGUUGAAGAACAAUUUAUUAUUGUUUAAUAAAAAUGCCACAGUUGUUCCAAUUGA